GGGGGCUGCAGCAGGAGCGGCGGUGCCACGGCCGAGUCCUGCCGGGGCCUGAACUUUGCGCCGCCGCGAUGCGCUAGGAGCCCGCCGGUGCGCCCCGUCUGCGCGCCCUGCCCGUGCGCCUCGGCUGGCCAGAGGAGGGCGAGAGCCAAGAGGCAGGCGGGCGGCUCGAUCCACUCGCGGGGAGGCCCCUGCGCCGCUCCGGGUCGUGCGCCAUGGGGCCAGCGGGCGCCCGCGGCAGAGAGCCCCCCUAGAGGCGCCGGGCCACCCUCCUGCUGCGCGCCCCGCAACUUGGACAACUUCUCCAGCCCGCGGGGGCCCCGUUCCGUUUUUCCUCCGGGCUGCAGCGACGGAGGCGACCUUACAGGACUCCCCCCACCCGCCAGUGGCAACUCGGGAGAGACCUUGGGGGCUACGUGGUUCUUUCGGGGGGGGGGGUGUCUCGGGAAAACAAUCUGGUUGGAUCGGUUUCAUUUCCUCCAAUUCUUCCCCCAAGGACGGCCGCCCUGCUUGUGAUCUCUCCCCUCUUCUGAUUUCUCCCCCUUUAAUCAUUAACCUUCGCGAGCCUGCCCCGGCCUCCGUUCUGCUUGGCCCGUCGCCCCCUUUUCUCCCCAUCGCCCCCUAAGCGGCCCCAUCCGCUUGCCACUAGUUAUCAAACAUUAACCCUCUUCCGCUGUCUUCCCUUCUGGCUUCCUCCUUCCACCUUGGUCAGAUUCUCCUCUUUAGCGUUGCUUUGGGGGGCGCAUUAAAAAUACCCCCCCAUACUUUUUCUUCGUUUUAAGAGAAGCGAUUUGAACCCAACACACACCCCGGUUGCGCCCGAGGCGAUAUGGCCAUGGUGACCGGGGGCUGGGGAGACCCGAACGGAGACGCCAACGGGGUGGAGAAGGGCUACCCCCGGACUUCGGAAGACGACUCGGCGUCCCCCCAAGGCGGCACCAGCGAUCAGGAGCCCGGAGACGAGGACAAGGCCGGCCUCCAGGUGGACUGCGUGGUGUGCGGUGACAAGUCCAGCGGGAAGCAUUAUGGGGUCUUCACCUGCGAAGGCUGCAAGAGCUUCUUCAAGAGGAGCAUCCGGAGGAAUCUGAGCUAUACUUGCAGGUCGAACCGAGACUGCCAAAUCGACCAGCACCAUCGCAACCAAUGCCAAUAUUGCCGCCUGAAGAAGUGUUUCCGUGUCGGCAUGAGGAAAGAAGCUGUCCAAAGAGGCCGGAUCCCUCCCACUCACUCCAGUGCCAGUCCAAACACCAUGCCCAGUGGGGAAUACUACAAUGGGCAGCCCGUUUCAGAACUGAUCUCGCAGCUGCUGCGAGCCGAGCCUUACCCCACCGCUCGCUUCAGCUCUCAGUACGCCCAGCAAGGGAGCGUGAUGGGUAUUGAUAACAUUUGCGAGCUGGCAGCUCGGCUGCUUUUCAGCACAGUGGAGUGGGCCCGGAAUAUCCCCUUCUUCCCUGACCUGCCUGUCUCAGACCAGGUGGCCUUGCUGCGCCUGAGCUGGAGCGAGCUUUUCGUCCUGAACGCAGCCCAGUCAGCAUUGCCCCUUCACAUGGCCCCGCUGCUGGCUGCGGCUGGCUUCCACGCCUCCCCCAUGUCAGCGGACCGAGUGGUGUCCUUCAUGGACCAGAUACGCAUCUUUCAGGACCAGGUGGAGAAACUGAAUCGGCUGCAGGUGGACUCAGCCGAAUACAGCUGCCUCAAAGCCAUAGCUCUCUUCACGCCAGAUGCCUGCGGCCUCUCGGACCCUGCCCACGUAGAGAGCCUGCAAGAAAAAGCCCAGGUGGCCCUGACGGAGUACGUCCGCUCGCAGUACCCCUCACAGCCCCAGCGCUUCGGCAGACUCUUGUUGCGACUCCCGGCUCUCCGGGCUGUCCCAGCCUCCCUCAUCUCUCAGCUCUUCUUUAUGAGACUAGUCGGCAAGACGCCCAUUGAAACACUAAUCAGAGACAUGCUCCUCUCUGGGAGCACUUUCAACUGGCCUUAUGGGACAGGGCAGUAAGGACAAGCUGGGGCUGCGUGCUCGUCCCUCGAUAUCACCCCAAAUUUGCUUCCACCAUGCCGACAGUCUGGAUGUUUGCCAUUGCCUCUUCUUCAUGGAUUUCAGCCAUCAAACUUUGUGCCAUUGUAGGCAUGAGGCUUCCCAGGAUGUGGAUUUCCCCCUUGGUGGCAACAAGGGAAGUCCCGCCUCUCGAGUGUCGAGACAGAACAAGGUGGGCUGGAUUUUGGUUUGGUAGUUUCCUUCUUCCGCAAAAAAGAAAAAAAGGAACUUAAUAUUCUGUUUUGUUUUUUCUAAUGGUUUUUGAUUCCUUUCUCCAUAUGACUUUCGAAUGGAUAGUUGAAGGCUUCCCCACCUUGAUUUUUUCUUCAAAGAGUUCGGCUUCAGCCUCUUUGCAUGUUUUAAAGAAUUGAGGGCUGGUUGUCCUGGGUUGAAAUAUUACCAUAUUUCAGAUCACAGUAUCUGUCUGUAUUCCUCUUCACCCCAUCUCCCUCCUCCUCUUUUCCAGAACGAGUUAGGCAUGGGAUAUCUUCUCCACCUUGACAUAAACACCUGUUUGUACCAAUUGCACCUGGCAGAGUAAUUUUGUUUUGGGAGCAAGUCAGAAAAUACGGUGCGUGCAUCUGUUCUCUUAGACUCUUUGAAGUCUUGGUAGGGUUGACUUUUAUCCGAUGGGGCAGCGGUUGUCAUUUGCAGGUAGAUUGCUUCUGAACCUGGAUGUUCCACUGAGCUAUUGUAUAUUUAAAGCUUGGUUUAAAGUUUUAAACUUUUUUUUUUUUUUGCAAACCAGCACACACAUUUCCAGCCACUCAAAUGUAUGAUUCUUGGCCAAAAUUAUUUAAGCCAAUAAUAGCUGCUAUUAUUCAUUGUGGAUUUUGCCCCUUUCCAAAUCUCUCAUUCUCUCUCUCUGUGUCUCUCUCUGUUUUUGCUGCCUCCAUAUAACAACGUAUUACAAUUCUUCCUCAUGUUUUCAUGUGUGAUGAGAGCCCUUCCACUUGAGGCUGGGGUGGGAAAAUUCCUUGUCAGCCAAUUGUCCCCCCCCCCACCGUUAUGAAACUAUUGUGCAAACGGUUAAUUGCAUGCAAAAGGAACGAUUCCCAUUAAUGAAUAAUGGCCUGCCUGCUUCUGUGCUGGGCUUCCAGCAUCAUCCACUGGGUGAUUUCAGCCAUCAUCUGCUGCUAUUUCUCAUUUGUAAUCUUUUUUGUUAUAUUUUGCAAAGUGCUUUAAAAUCAGUAUGCCUCACAACCACCCUUCUGAUGUAAAUAGAUCCCAUUUUACAGAUGGGGAGGCGGUGGAAACUGAGGCCAAGAAGGUGACUGGCCACCCAACUGCAGUGGUGGGACUCGCUCAGGUCUACCAGGUCUGAAGUUAACUGGUUUUUAAAUCUAUGCAAACUUCCCUAUCUACCCCUUCCAGAUUUGGGAGAAAAGGAUACCACGUGUAAAUGAAAAUGGCAGGUAGCUGUGUUAAUCCAAAGCAAAGUUGUUUAGGACCCACAAUGUCACAGAAUUAGCAUGCUUUUGAAUUCUGCAGAUCUGUUCAUCAGGCUAUAUGUUAAGUGCAAAA